AUCAUAAAGCUUCAAAUACGUGUAGCCGCUGGUAGACACCCGCUAGUUGGCUAACGGCGUCGACCGAAACCGAAAGAAGAGUAGCGUCUUUGUGGACCGGGUUACUUCACCUGGCGCACGCACUUAUUCAGCCAUAACUGGGGAUACACAUAAUAAAAUAUAAGACGUUGAAACUACGCCGGAAAGUGAGGCUUUAUCGAGGGAGAGUAGUAACGUCCGUUUAAGCUGGAUACGAUCGAGGGCUAACUUAGCUUUGUUAGCAACUCUGCGCAUACGUAGUUUUAGCUCGCCAGCCAGCUAACUACGCUAGCUCGAGAAGAAAGGCCGUCGAGUUGACCCAGCGUCAAAUCGUUUAGAACAUAUAGCGAAUCAUCCUGGCAUAUCACGGUUGCCCCUCACUGCUUGGAUCGGAAAGCCUUCAAAUUAAAAAGAACAACAUCGAGAGAGGAUGGCUCUGAAAAGGAUCAACAAGGAGCUUAACGACCUGGCUCGUGACCCUCCAGCACAGUGCUCAGCUGGCCCAGUGGGUGAUGACAUGUUUCACUGGCAAGCCACAAUCAUGGGACCUAACGACAGUCCAUAUCAGGGAGGUGUUUUCUUCUUGACAAUUCAUUUUCCAACAGACUACCCAUUCAAACCACCCAAGGUUGCAUUUACAACAAGAAUUUACCACCCAAAUAUUAACAGUAAUGGCAGUAUCUGUCUGGAUAUUCUCAGAUCACAGUGGUCUCCUGCACUUACUAUUUCUAAAGUUCUUCUCUCCAUUUGCUCACUCCUAUGUGACCCAAACCCCGAUGACCCACUAGUGCCAGAGAUCGCACGAAUCUACAAAACAGAUAGUCAGAAAUACACCAAAACGGCGAAAGAAUGGACAAACAAAUACGCAAUGUGAUGGCAUCGUUUGGGAAAACUGGUGGAAAAUGUCAUAGCUGGUUAAAAAAAAAUCCGGGAUUCUUUUUUUUUUUUUUUUCCUUCACUUUUCUUUUGUUUUUGUUUUUUUGGUUAAUCAUAGCAUUUUUACCCCCCUCCUUUUUCCACCUGCGUGCUCAUAAGAAGAUAGUGUUUUCGCUCUAGGACAUGUGCCAGUUUCUGUGAAGUUUCUACUCCCAUUUUGUUUGGAGCUAAAAAAAACAAACAAAAAAAACACUGCUUGAGCAUGCACCAGUUAAGAGUUUUUUUACCCAAAAUUGGUGAAGUUACUCUACACACACUUAGUAGAAUCUGAUGCGACUGGUGUCCUGACACUGAACACUUUAUCAACCCCAUGAUGAUCCAGUUGGUCCAACUGGAUGGAUCCUGUGUGGUUGAUUAAUUAACUGGAUUUUUCAGAGCACUUGUAGAGGAGCCUGUCUUUUGCCAAACAUCUGAAUUCGGAUUUUUAAAGUUUAAAAUUUGGGGGGGGGGUGUUAUCUGAAAGAUUUGGGAAACUGGUUAGUGGCUCCUGUAUCUCCUGGACUGGUGUGAUGUCUUCUGAUCAUUAGUAUAGUAAUCUAUUACCUGAGGAAAGACUUGUAUCUUAUUCCACUAUCAAAGUGUGUGUACAGAGAAGCACAGCAGUAUAUAUCAACGUUAAGGAAACAAAAUAUAAGAACUUCAAUGUUGUAUUUUAUGCAUGUUAAUAAAGGUAGGCUAUUAUAUCUGGUAUGUUUCUACAAAUUAAGUGGCUUGUAAGGCUGGAAGUUGGAGGAAAAAAAAAAAAAAAAAUUGAUCCCCUCAAAGGCUUUCUACUUUUUUUUUUUUUUUUUCUUUUUUUUUUUUUUGUUAUUUAGAAGCCAGUAGAUGAGCUGUUAGUUUUAUGCCCACUCAAACACUGUCUUCUUGUAGCCCUAAAAUAUUGAUACAAAGCUAAUGGUUGAUAAUCAACUUGUGGCUCUGUUUCUUUUUACUUUUCCCUUCAAUAAAGUUACUUAAACCAUAAA